AAUUGGGCUUUGCUUUAAUUUUGACACUGCUGUAAUUAAUAUUUAACAGCUAAAAUAAUGGGUAAAAAGAAAAAUAAGAAUAAGAUAAGUGGUGCUGUUAAAACAGCAGCUAAAACAGAUAAAAAAUUGGCUAACAAACUUAAAAAAGAACUUGCGAGCUUGGGAGAGGAAGACAUAGCUCAAGUUGUUGCCCAGAUUGAACGAGAGGAAGCAAAGCGAUCAGCUGCUAAAGAAAAGAACUUACCCGGGCCUCCUUCGCCCAGAGCUUACGCUAGUGUGACUCCACAUCCCAUAAACAAUGAGCUUAUUAUUUUUGGAGGAGAAUAUCAUGAUGGUCAAAAGACAUAUGUGUACAAUGAGCUGAUUUUCUUCAAUCCUUCAAGUAACACGUGGCGCCGUGUUAAGGCGCCAGGGGCUCCGCCACCACGCAGCGGCCACCAGGCGGUUGCCACUCCAGCUAAUAAAGGCGAACUAUGGGUAUUUGGCGGCGAAUUCACAAGCUUGUCUGAGACACAAUUUUACCAUUAUAAGGAUCUGUGGUGCUACUCCUUCGCCGAGAACAAAUGGGAAAAGGUAGCAGCGUCGAACGGUCCUUCGGCGCGGUCGGGGCACCGCAUGGUGCAGCUGGGGCGGCGGCUCGUGGUGUUCGGCGGGUACACGGACGAUGGCCGCGAGUGCCGCUACUUCGACGACGUGUACAGCUUCUGCCUCGACACGCGCGCCUGGACCAAGCUGGCGCCCAGCGGCCGCGGGCCCUCGCCGCGCUCCGCGUGCGUCAUGGUGCCGGCCGGCAACGAUGAGCUGAUAGUGUACGGCGGGUUUUCGCGGGCGCGCGAGGGCCGCACGGAGCGGGCGUUGACGCACGCGGACCUGUUCCGGCUGACGGCGCGGUCGGACGGUGGCAGGGCGUGGCGCGCGCUGGCCGGCGGGCCGCUCGCGCCGCCGCCGCGCGCCCAGCUCGCCGCCGCCGUCAACACACACUCCUCGAAAGCAUACGUUUUUGGUGGAGUCACAGAUGUAGAAGAGACAGAAGAAGAAUUAGUAGGUGAAAUGAGCGAUGAUCUCCGAAUGCUCGACCUGGAGGCGGGCAAGUGGCACAGCGUGACACUGCGCAGCCAGCAGCCGGCGCCGGCACUGCGCGGGCCGGCCGCGCCACCCGCUGACGCUGACUCUGCACCGGACGCUGUCACAGUGGUAACUGACGAGGUAUUCACAAUGAAGCUGGGCGGCGCCGCGCCGGCCGCCUCCGCGGCCCCGGACGCCGACGCGCCGGCACGCGCGCGCGCCGCGCCCGGCCCGUGCCCGCGCAUGUCAGCCAUGAUGGCGGUGCAGCGAUCUGUUCUCUACGUCUAUGGUGGAAUCCUAGAAAAAGAUGAAAAACAAUUCUACCUGUCUGAUUUGUAUAGUUUAGACCUGCACAAGCUCAGCGAGUGGAAGACGCUCGCGGCGCAACCGCCGCUACCCGAUUGGCUCGGCUCCGACUCUGAGUCCGACUCCGGCAGCGACUCCGACCAAGACGGUUCCUCCACUGAAUCUGAUUAAGAUUAAUAUUAAGCCAUACAAU